AAAUUUGACAACUCCGUGACGGCGAGGAGUCGGUUCGCCAUUUUUGUAAGCUUCCAGAAAGAAUCGCUUGGUUUUUAAAACUGUUGAUCAAUUCAGCCUAAAAACCUAACUAUAAGGACUUUUAAUCGUAUAUUUCAUAUCGCAAACGAUGGCUGAAUAUCUAGCCUCGAUUUUCGGUACGGAAAAAGACAAGGUCAACUGCUCGUUUUAUUUCAAGAUCGGAGCUUGCCGGCACGGUGAUCGCUGUUCUCGGAUUCAUAAUAAGCCAACAUUCUCUCAAACAUGCUUGCUGCAGAAUUUGUACGUAAAUCCGCAAAAUUCGGCCAAAUCUGCCGAUGGAAGUCAUUUGGUAGCAAACGUAUCCGAUGAAGAAAUGCAGGAGCAUUACGACAAUUUCUUCGAGGACGUAUUCGUCGAGUGCGAGGACAAGUAUGGAGAAAUUGAAGAGAUGAACGUUUGCGAUAACCUGGGCGACCAUUUGGUAGGAAAUGUGUAUAUUAAAUUUCGUCGCGAAGAAGAUGCUGAAAGAGCUGCUAAAGACCUGAACAACCGUUGGUUUGGAGGACGUCCGGUCUAUUCGGAGUUGUCGCCGGUGACCGACUUUCGCGAGGCUUGUUGCCGUCAGUACGAAAUGGGCGAAUGCACUCGGUCGGGAUUCUGUAACUUCAUGCAUCUGAAACCAAUUUCGCGAGAACUGCGCCGGUAUCUGUACUCAAGACGACGUGGGCGAUCCAAAUCAAGAUCACGUUCUCCAAAGCGCGGUGGUGGAGGCGGCGGAGGCGGAGGUGGAGGUGGACGUGACCGUUCUCCACGCGAUCGUCGCAGAUCUCGAAGCCGCGAUCGCAAGGGACCCGAACGAAACGACAAUGGACGUAAGGGAAGAUACUGAGGCGAAAGCGUUCUGCACAGAUGCUGGUGAACAAACAUUUUAGUUAAAGGUAAAUUGUGUUUGCAUAAAUCCAAUAACUAAGGAUAUUCUUAUAGUUUUGUCCAUGCUAUAAACUUUUAGCCAAUCAGAACCAAUUCUACCACUGGCUAUAUUUUCUCUAUAAGUUGAAUACAUUUUCAAGUAUUUGUUUUAUGUCAAUAAACUUACAGUAACGAGAUGCAACAAUUCCCGAAAAAA